AAGCCGCAGCCCGCAGGGCACGCCCGCCGCACAGCGGCCGCAGUACAGGUGUCUUCCGCCCCUCCAAUCCGCCACUCCCACCCACCAUUACGUGACGGGCGACCUUUCCCGCAACGGCCCGCCCCCGCAGCUCCACUGUCCGUGACCGCGACCGCCAGGAACCAGAGUAAAGCAGAGGCGCUCGUCGUCGCCGCGAUUCGCCACUACACAACUCGCAUUGCCAGCCGCUCAAACCAAGCUAACCCCUCCAUGAUCUCCCCGGGAACCAGAUCACAGCUUGCCUAAUCUAAUCAGCGAGAGCAUCUCCCUCCCCAUCGUCUGACGAGAUCUCAGGACCGGAGCACCAGCCCGCCCAUGGUGAGUGAGCUCCGCCGAUUUCUUUAAUCGGUUGUUGGGGAGGUGGUUACUCUUAUUCUUCUGCUAGUAGGUGCUACUUACCAGGUGGGAUUGGGCUUUGCUUAGCUUUUUUUAGCUUGUCCUCUUCCGCUCCCUGGAUCAACCCGCCAUGCGCGUACCAACCGGAGCGGAUGAGUGGCGGCAGCAUGGCCAUGGGCGCGAGGAGCAAGCACCAUCCCAAAUCUCUGGCCCUGCGCUGCUACUGCUACGCGGCGAGCCACCGCUCCCUGACCCUGCUGGUGUGGGGCCUGGCGGCGCUGGUGGUCCUUCUGAAUUUCCACCUGCUCGUCACCCACGGCAAGGAUGACCAGAGCGGCAGGCCCCGCGAGAUCCACCGGACGAUACUCAGGGAGCUGGAGGUGGUGGAGGAGGAGAGGUUCCAGGUGACGCCCGCCCGCAGCCGGAGGAACCCCCGGGCCGUGCGGCGCAAGGGGGAGCACACCAAGCCGCUGUCCGUGGUGGACGAGUUCUUGGACGAGUCCUCCGCGGUGCACGACAUGUUCUUCCCGGAGCCGAGGACGGCCAUCGAUCCCGUCCAUGGCGGCAACGACAGCAUGUACUUCUACCACCCCGGGAGGGUGUGGCUCGACACCGACGGCAAGCCGAUCCAGGCUCAUGGAGGCGGCGUGCUGUAUGAUGAGAGGACCGAGACCUACUUCUGGUACGGGGAGAACAAGGAUGGGAAGACCUACAAAGCUCACAGCAAGGGUGCUGAUCGAGUUGACAUCGUUGGAGUGAGUUGCUAUUCUUCCAAGGACCUGUGGGCAUGGAAAAAUGAAGGAGUCGUGCUCCGUGGCGAGAAAAAGAAUGUGACACAUGACCUCCACGUAUCCAACGUCCUGGAGAGGCCGAAGGUGAUCUACAACGAUCGGACCGGCAAAUACGUGAUGUGGAUGCACAUAGAUGAUGCUAACUACACCAAGGCAUCGGUCGGCGUGGCGGUCAGCGACUCUCCCACAGGCCCGUUCUCCUACCUCUACAGCAAGCGCCCACAUGACUGCGAGAGCAGAGACAUGACCAUUUUCAAGGAUGACAAUGGGAAGGCCUACCUGAUAUACUCAUCCGAGGACAACAGCGAGCUCCACAUCGGCCAGCUAACCGACGACUACCUCGACGUGACGGACGACAUGAGGAGGCUUCUCGUCGCGCAGCACCGAGAAGCCCCGUCGCUCUUCAAGUUCGACGGCACCUACUACAUGAUAACCUCAGGGUGCACGGGCUGGGCGCCGAACACCGCGCUGGCUCACGCCGCGACGUCGGUCAUGGGGCCUUGGGAGACGCUGGGUAACCCCUGCGUGGGAGGGAACGACAUAUUCCGGUCGACCACGUUCUUCUCCCAGAGCACAUUCGUGCUGCCACUCCCAGGCUUAAGAGGCUCGUUCAUCUUCAUGGCCGACCGGUGGAACCCUUCGGAGCUGCGGGACUCGCGGUACGUGUGGCUGCCGCUGACGGUAGGUGGCGUGCCCGAUGAGGCCGCAGACUACAGCUUCAUGUUCCCGCUCUGGUCCCGGGUGUCGAUUUACUGGCACCGGCGAUGGCGGCUCCCUGAGGGGUGGACAGAUUCUUGAAAAUUUGGAAGUUUAAGUUGCUAUACGGUUUGUUACAAAUGAUAGAUACGGGUUUAUUGACAUUCAACACGCAUUGGAGGGGUGUGUUGUAUAGGCCAGAUGUAGAUGCUAGCAGAGUUGUAAAUGUGCAGUUUUGAGUUUGUUCUCAAGUCACAUAAAUAUACCUGUGCCCCCUGUGUGAAUAAUGUGGCUGCACCUUCAGUCUUUUGCUUGUGGUGUGGUAUCUGAAUCGUGUUGACAGACUUGGCAGAUA